AUGUCCAUGCAUGCAGUCAGUCAUCACGAUAUCAAUAUCAUAAGCCAAGCUGCCGGGCCAAAGAAAUCACAGAUUGAUAAAACCAGAACCAACUUAUCUCAAAAAGCCUCUCCCUCUCCCCCCAAACAGGAUCCUCAUUCUGGCUGUCCAGCCGCGUCUUUUCAUGCCCGGGUUCAGACUGCCCUACCCGCGGAGCACAAUUCACCAGUUGAAUUCUUUGAUGAGACUUGCGGACCUAAAUUUUGCACAUGCCCGACCCUUGUCAGAACCACUGAGCCAGUUUCUGAGUUUUCUGGAGAGAGUUUGGGCACAGAAGAAGAGAUGCUGAGCAUGAAAGAGAAAUUGGAGAGAUCAGGAUCUUUGGCACUGAAGGAAAUUGUUAGAAUCAUGAAGGAUAUCAACAAACACAGCGUAUAUCAGACAACUCUCAAGUGGGUCAAGGUCUCAGUACCAGGAGUGCUGUUGGGACCUGCUUGA